GUGUCGUGGGAGCUGGAGCAAUAGUGGCAGCAUCUGAGGUUCCGGGAGUCGGAGGCGCUGUGGGGUUGACGGGGGAGACGGGGGCAAUGGGCGUCCCAGGAUCGGAGGUUGUAGAAGGCGGCGAAAUAGACGCAGCAUUCAGCGUUGUGGGAGCUGGAGCAAUAGUCGCAGCAUCUGGGGCUCCGGGAGCUGGAGGGACUGUGGGGUUAAUGGGGGAGUGGGGGGCAGCCGGAUGUUCUACGAAGGUGCCUGAGGGGCCAGCAGGAGGGCUGUCCAUGGCACCAUCGAGCUCAACACGCGGGCGGGCUUCUUCCGUCAGGAGUCGCAACAUCCAGGGGCGAUUACUGAUAGCCUCUCGAAUGUAUCAGAUCUGCUCAGCCUCAGAUGGCAUCGAAGGUGCAGAGCGUGACCCAGCAAUGAAGGGAUCGCUGGUAGAGCUCGCCAGCUCCUCCUCUAGUUCCCGAUCGCAUGGGCGCAGCCUCGCCCUACGGGAUUGCGUCGAGGGCCCUGAUGCGCCAUUCUACCCCGGUGGUUCAGUUAUUGAAUUUGUAUCUUAAGUUAACUUAAGGCGUAGAAACUUACAUCUACGAUGACGAUUACGCCGUCCUGCUGGCGCCUCCGAGAACCAUACACUGCCUCGUCGUCGUCGUCGUCGUCCUCUUCGUCUUCCUCGUCAUCUGUGUCGUCCAGCUCCGCCCAGUCCAACCUUGAUUUCCCCCCCAUACCCCGACCCCCACCCUCCUGAUCGUCGUCCUCUUCGUCUUCGUUGUCUUCUUCGUCUUCCUCGUCGUCCUCUUCGCCUUUCUUGUCGUCCUCCUCUUGCCCAGAGCGAUCCCAGACUUUGGGGUCAAAAUACGGGUAUGUCCCGUUAGCAGGCUCGGGCGUUCGGAUGCGGUCCUCUCCCACGUCGGCGCGCGAUUCCAGGACCAUGAGGUCCAAGGGACGUCUGCCAUCAUUGGCGAGGAGCCACGCUUGGAUGUCAAUAUCUUCGUUCCGAAAGAUAAGCUCACGGAGAGGGAGAGGGGUUGCGGGUGCGUACGUAAUGUCCGGCUGCCAUCUCCAGUGGCACCGAUGAGAUAUCGAGGGCAUCCGAUUGCCUCCUCCACACGUUGCGCCUUGACGACCCCGAGCAGCCCUUGCAUGCUCGGUGAUGCCAGGACACUCCACGCAAUUCCGCGUUUGGAGUCGGCGGUGUACCAUGUGUGCCCAAGGAACAGAUGCCCAGCUUUAGGGGCAUUCGUUCUACAAACGAUAUGGAUCCUUAUAACCCGUGGGCAAUUACCAAAGGCCGAGUCGGAUGGGGCCACUGAGAAAGUGUGUUAGUAUGGGGGCGUUUGAAUUUCCACGGGGAAGAUCACUUACUCGCAGGUCCUAUCACUUUGCCAUCACCCGCGCUCUUUGCCUUUUCAUGCUCGAUUACCGUCUGGAGUUUCUUAUCCGUAUCCUUGACCAAGAUUCUCAGCUGUCGAUGGACUUCCUUGGCAUCGUCAGAAUGGUACUUGGUUUUAAUAAGCUUGAUGUGUGACCGGAGAGGGUUCAGGGAACCGGCGAAAACAACGACAGAUGUGAAUUGAGUGUCGGUUAGCCGUCCGAGUUCGAACGAGCGUGCCUGCAUGUAGGCCUUGACCUCACGACGCCGGGUAUCGUAGGGGCCAACUUGAUCUCGGGGAUUCUUGAAUCCACACCAACCUUUGGCAUAUACUAUGUUGACAUAGGGUCCUCUGAAAUAUAAGAGUUA